CAGAUCCAACCCCGACCACAACCACUGCUUCCACUGAAUCCGACUCCGUCUGCCAACCACGGCGCAUAAGAGCCGUGUGUUGUUGUUGUUGUUGAGAAAUUUGAACACAAAAUCACAAAUCAAUAAAAAUAAAACCCUAGAUCAUCACUACAUUUUGGAAAACUCAACCAAAAAAAAAAUGAAAACUUUAGUUGCCUUAGAAAUGAGUGAUACAUACUGUGAGGAUAGAGAGACUUGAAAGAUGAAAUAACAGGAUAAUCAAUUUAAAUUGCAAUUGCUCGAAGGAUUGGGUCACAUUGGGAAAAUGAAAAGGGGAGCACAUGUAAAGUGGGAUGAAGAAAAUUUGGGAGAAAUUGAGGCAAAUAAACCAGUGAGGCAGAAAAUUACUGAACCAAAGACACCUUUUCACCGCAUGAUCGAUGAUGAUGGAUCUUUAUCUCCUAUACGGAGUGGUUUUGACGAGGACAAUGGCGAUGCAGUACAUGCAGAAGCCAUACGCAGUGCAUUGAAUGAGAUGGCUUCUUCCAGUAAGAAUAAAUCCCGACAGUCUGGCUGGACGUCAUCUGAGGAUGAAGCCGAUGUCAUGGACCAAGAUGAUGCAGAUUCUGCUAGUUCAGGAAAGGGUAAGAGCUUCAAGGAACACAGGCGAGCACACUAUGAUGAGUAUCGGAGAGUCAAAGAACUCCGUCGAAAGGGCUCCUCCCUUGAUGUUUCUUCAGACGAUGAGGACGACGAUCUUGAGAAAAGGGAUGGGAGGUCUGAUUCAUCAUCAUCAUUGUCUAGUGCUGUUAAGGACAUAGAGAUUAAGGAAGGAAGCAUGGACACUUCUAAAUAGUACUCUAUCCCAGGCCCUUCGAGCUUUAGAUCAACCAGAAGAAUAUUGUGAUUUGAUUUUAUUCCCAUACUCCCUUUGUUUAUAUCCGUCUAACUUCUGUUUGUAAGUUGUGUGUUAAGGUCUCUACCUUCAGGAUGAUAAAGUUCUGAGUUAUCGCAUAGGCACAUCUUCAGUUAACUUCUGGCUUUGGAUAAUGGAGUGUUCUGAAUCCUAAGUUUUUGUACACUGCGUUUUAUAGUUUGUCGUUAUGGUGUUUGUGACGUUUA